UCGGGACCAUGAGUUGGAUUCCUUUUAAGAUUGGGCAGCCCAAGAAACAGAUUAUCCCUAAAACAAUGUGACAGUGUACAGGAUUGAAGGCAGUUAAUUGAGUGUGUGCCUCUUCAAGAACUCUGUACCUGGAUCAAAGUGAGAGCGGCUCUGGAAGGGCUCGGCAGAGGAUUGCUGCUAGUAGGGAGGAGCAGUCGGGCAGCAGAAGGUGGGAAUGACUGCACGGCGUACAGAACAGGAUCGAUUACUGAAGUGGACAGGUGGAGAGAGACUUUGAAAGGGAAUAUGGAAAACUCCAGCAGCUGGAAGACCAGACCAAGAGACUUCAGAAGGACAUGAAGAAGAGCACAGAUGCUGACCUGGCCAUGUCAAAAUCUGCCAUGAAGAUCUCCUCGGACCUACUCUCCAACCCCCUCUGUGAGCAAGAUCAGGAGUUCUUGAACAUGGUGACCGCCCUGGACACUGCCAUGAAGCGGGUGGAUGCUUUCAACCAGGAAAAGGUAAACCAGAUCCAAAAGACAGUGAUCGAGCCCUUGAAAAAGUUCGGCAGUGUCUUCCCGAGCCUCAACAUGGCAGUGAAACGGCGGGAACAGGCCUUGCAGGACUACCGGAGGCUGCAGGCCAAGGUGGAGAAGUAUGAGGAGAAGGAGAAGACCGGGCCAGUGCUGGCCAAGCUCCACCAGGCCCGGGAAGAGCUUCGGCCUGUACGGGAUGACUUUGAGGCCAAAAACAGGCAGCUCCUGGAUGAGAUGCCAAGGUUCUACAGCAGCCGCCUCAGCUACUUCCAGCCCAGCUUUGAGUCCCUGAUCCGAGCCCAGGUUGUGUACUACUCAGAAAUGCACAAGAUCUUCGGAGACCUGACCCAGCAGCUUGACCAGCCAGGCCACAGCGAUGAGCAACGGGAACAGGAGAACGAGGCCAGACUGAGCGAACUCAGAGCCCUCUCCAUUGUGGCUGAUGACUGACUGCCAGGCUCCCUCCAAGGACCUUUGUAACUUCAGACUCUUCCCACAUCAGCCUAGCCGAGGCCCCCUCCAGGGAAAAGGGUGGCAAGCAGCAAGCUGGGGAUAGCUCUAUCCCUGCCCAACCUCACCCACCCUUGGAAAUGAGCGUGUCUUCCUUUGAGUCUGCCACCAGCCCCUGGGAGCCUCCGCACUGUGGCCUCCCCACUGAUUGAUAGGGAGCAGCCACAGACACAAGGCAGGCAGGGCAGAACACCCCAGGGGCUUUUUUAUUCCCAUAAGAACCGUCCAAAGUACAACCUCCAGGCCUGGGGGCAUAGCCACCACCUUCAGACCUUCAGCUGAGGGUCUCAGCCCUGGGUGUGCAGCUACAUCACAUCUGCCUCCAAAGCACCCCUCCUGGAGAGCCACUGACACCACCACCUUCUUGCCUUUUUAAAGACUCAUUCAGGAGGCCCAUGACACUGCCCUGGGGAACAGAUCAUCUGUGGGUCCCCCAAGCCAAGGCAGAGGGAGGCCGCCUCCCCAAAGCCUGCCACCCCUCCCCCCCAAGCCAUCUCUAUCCCUUGGGUGUGGUGUAGAGAAGGGCCCUAGAUAACUAAGAUUCAAUUCCGUAACUGUCAGAGACCACACUAAAUGUCACCGAUAAAUCGCAGACCUCAAAACACAAACAAAAAAAGAGUGGGUUUGUCUCUCACCGAAAUUUGCAAUUUUAUUUUUUUUUCAAAUAAAGUUUCCAAUAAAAUGUC